ACUCAUCAAUCCAUUUUCUUACUCUUACAUCAUCAAUGGCUAUUUCAACUUCAUCUUCCUUCUUUACCUCCCCCAAUUUCAUCUUCAAUUCACAUCCAUCAUCACAAUCGCCUUCAACUUCGCUCAGAUUUGGAAGAGCUCCGAUUUCAGCUUCYUACGCCACCGCCGAGAGGACCACGACUGCGACGGAGCCAAUUAGAUCGUUCCGGAAUCCUAAUCCUUCUUCUCUGUACGAASUGCUCGGGAUUCGAAUCGGAGCUGAUGUCAGAGAAGUCAAAGCGGCGUACCGUAGAUUAGCGAGAGUUUUGCAUCCAGAUGUCGGAAGUUGUGACUCGUCGGCCGAUGAGUUUAUGAARGUGCACUCUGCUUAUACRACGCUUACAGAUCCGGCAAAACGAGCGGAUUAUGAUCGGAGUCUGGUGCAGAGACGGGCGGGAGUUCCGUCUCCGAUGAGAUCUGCAGGUAGUUACAGGAGCCAAAGAUGGGAGACGGACCAGUGUUGGUAGAAAUUGCUCCGAUGAAGCUCGUAUCACCGUUUUAGGGAUAUUGAAGCUGUAAAUAUUCAGAUGAAAGUAGGGUUUAGAUCGAAGAAGCAUUACCACGAAUCAGGAUACUUGGCUAAGAUUUUGAAGCCACUGAAUGGAAGUUUUUCAGAUUAGAAUCUCAUUUUGUAGCAAACAUUAACAGUAAUUGAACGAGUUCUGUUAUGCCUAAAUUUUUACGUGAUAUCAAGCAAGAAGUUGUUUGUU